GAACUCAAACUCAACAAUUAACUGCAGACAAGAAAAAAAAUAAAAAAAAAAUCCCUUUCAAGUCCGCGUUCCGCAAUUCACUAUCUUGAAACCCUAAUCUGCUCUCCAAAAUCACUCCCACCAACAAUUACCGCUCAAGUUUCCCACAAUUCUACGCGUCUUUCUCAAAACGCCGUCGAGUUUCUUUUUCGAAGCUCUCCGGGUCGUUUUCCGGUUCAGUUUCGAGGAAUUGGACGGUAAAUUAUUAGGGUUUCAUUUUACGCCACAAGGAGAGGUUAAAGUUCGGAACUUUCUAAAAGGGUUUUAUUUAAAACCUCUUUUUUAUUUUAAUCGAGUUUUAGUUACUUUGAAGUAUUUAGGGUUUGGUGAAAUUUCAAUGGACAUUGGGGAUUGAAUGGUAGCGUCAUUUAGUUGGUGCUUGAAGUAAAAAAAGGAACCAAGAAGGUUGUCUGUAGCUUGAAUUUUUGAAGAAGUUGGUUGGUUUGUUACAGUGGUCGAGUUUUUUUUCGUGAUUAAAAGGCUGAAAGUGACAGGCUUGAAUUUUUAGGAGUUGAAAUGGAUUACGAGCUUUCUGAUAGCAGCGGAACUGAUGAUGACCUUCCACCUACACAUCGAAAUAGAUUCCAAAGUGGGGCGCGAACUGCUGGGAAUGGAAGAUCUGCAGUUGGUGGUGCUGCUUCACAGCCAAGGUUGCAUAGUGACAUGGAAACUCAAAUCCACAACAUUGAACAAGAAGCAUACACUUCAGUCCUGCGAGCCUUUAAAGCCCAGUCAGAUGCUAUUACUUGGGAAAAGGAAAGUCUAAUUACAGAACUCAGAAAAGAACUAAGAGUUUCAGAUGAGGAGCACAGGGAGCUCCUAGCCAGGGUUAACGCUGAUGAUAUGAUUCGGAGGAUAAGGGAAUGGAGAAAGGCGAACGGGAUCCAACCUAGCAUGCCAAGCACUGCCCAGCCUUCUCACGAUCCUAUACCUAGUCCUAGUGUUUCAGGAUCACGCAAGAAGCAGAAAACCUCACAGUCAGUCGCAUCAUUGUCCAUGGGUGCACCUUCUCCUGUAUUGCAUCCAUCUAUGCAACCAUCUACAUCAGCCCUGAGACAUGGCCCUCCACCUGGAUCUGGGAACAAGAAGCCCAAAUCAUCCAUGCAGCAGCGUUCUACAGGUUUGUCCAGCAGGGCUCAAGCUGCUAAUCGUGGUUCUUCAGGUGUCUUCGCAACCAAUGAUUUAAUUGGAAAGAAAGUUUGGACUCGAUGGCCAGAGGAUAACCACUUCUAUGAAGCUGUUAUAACUGACUACAAUCCAGUUGAGGGUCGGCAUGCUUUGGUUUAUGAUAUUAAUACUGGGGAUGAAACAUGGGAAUGGGUCAAUCUCAAAGAGAUAUCUCCUGAAGAUAUUAGGUGGGAGGGUGAGGAACCAGGACUUUUCCGUAGAGGUGGCCGGCCUGGACCGGGCCGUGGGAAUAAGAAAGCCAUUGCACGUGGUGGUGCAGUUCUCACUGCAGGAAGAGGUAGAGGAACCACAAAGGGUCAGUCCAAAAAAGAUUUCCCUUUAAUCCAGAAUGGCAUUGGGAAGAAGGCUAUGGGUGAUAUUGAGAUACUUCACACAAAUACUCUAAUCAAGGAGGUAGAAAAAGUUUUUGGUGCUAGCCAUCCUGAUCCUUUGGAAAUUGAGAAAGCAAAGAAAGCUCUGGAAGAACAAGAACAAGCCCUGGUCAACGCGAUUGCAAGGCUUGAAGAAGCAUCAGAUGGUGAGAGUGCAGAUGAGGGGGAACAUCCAUUUCCCCGUGUUCAAUCAAUGGACCAAGAUCGGGGAUGGAGAAAACGGUCAUAUGAUGAGAUUGUUGGUGAAGGUAGAGGAAUUGAAGGUUCAGAUGGCAACAAAAUGGCAAGAAAUGGCAGAAUUGUUUCAAGUGAUCAGCAUGAUGAGAACUAUGACAUGUGAUUAUUAGGCUUAUUGUCAACCAGUGGCCCUGACUUGUAUUAUAGCUUCCUCAAAUUUUAUGGCCAGCCAAGAGCAUGACAGUCCCUGGGCUUAUAUAUUAGCUAGGGAAGACAGUAGCUUUGAUUUCAGUGUAACUUUAGUUUCAUUGAAGUAGGAAAAUGUUGAUGUAAAUUAUUUUCAGAGUGAUAUCUGACCAUGUAAAAAUGGCUAAAUGGCUUUGAAUC